AUGUCUCAAAACGACUUCAAGACCGUCUUCACGCCUCUUCCUCGCCUGAAAGGUGAAUCCAACUGGAACACAUGGCGCAUGCUUGUUACAGCGACCCUGCGAGGAUACGACUUCGAGAUAUUCCUCGAGACUGACGUCCCUCGCCCUGCUGACCCUAUCGCUGCAGAGGAAUGGAGAAAGAACCGUAACGUCACGAAUGGUCUCCUCAUGAACGCCAGCGAAUCGGUUCUUGACAGACUCUGCACAGCGGGUUGGGUUGACGAUGGAAACCCUUACGAAUUGUGGCAGGCGCUCGAGAAGCACAUUCCGAGAAUCUCACAAGACGCCACAGCUGCCCUUGUUGACGAGUUUGCCAAGACCACCGCCAACGAUCACAAGACUCUUCACGAUGCCCUCAAUCGCUGUCACCACCUCAGAAAGCGUAUUGAGACCAUUCACGGUCGUCUGCCAGACUCCUUCCUCGCUGUUUUCCUCCUUAACUUCUUUAAGGACCGACUUCCCGAUACGUACAAGCAUUUCACAUCGAAGGGCGCCACCCAUCCCACGUGGAAUGAGGUGGCUGAUACGAUUUACACGCUUGCCCAAGACGAGGAUCAAAAGCGCAGUUAUGCCACUAUUCGCAACACACCUGGAGGCAAGUCUGCUGGCAGUGGGGGUCCUGCCUCUCCAGCCGUCACCACCACCGUCACCUCCACUGUCACUGCCUCCAAGGAAAAGAAGAAGUGCGACCACUGCAACUGUGAUCACGAGACCACAAAGUGCUAUGUCGCCCACCCCAAUCUCAUCCCUCUACACUACGUCAACCGGGAUAAGUUGAUUGAAAAAGCGAGAAAGCACGUGUGUGGCGAUCGCUGCCGCUGGGAUCAGCCUACUUCUGUUGAUGGCACCCGCCAGACUGUUGUCAGAGCGUCACCUGCCAUCUUGGGUCAGUCUGCCCUUGCCUCCAUCGCCAGCCCAGCAGUUUUCACUGCUGCCCGCGAUGACCUCAUCACCCGAGACGAUAUCGUUCUCGAUUCUGGUUGUACUACUUCAACCUUCAACAACUUGCGAUAUUUCGUCAAGUACGCUGAAAAGAGCGAUUUGACACCUUCCACUUCUGCCUCCGGCGCCCCAGUCCGGUCACUUGGCGUGGGCACCGUCUUCUUCCAGACCCAAGACCCCACCAACCCUGACGUUAUUCACGAUUGGACACUUCACAACGUUGAGUACAACCCUUCCAGCCCAGCCAACUUACUGAGCCCUGGAAAACUUCGUCGUGAUCACGUGGAAUAUGAUUGGCAGACCUCAAGCCUCAUACACGUGACACAGCGCACUUCCCUUGCCAAAGUUCAUUGGGUUUCUGACGUCUGCGUCGUUGAGACUCAUGAUACUGGAAAUCACGUGCCUCGAGAUAUUGCUGUCAGCCUCGCCGCCUUCCGGGCUACCCAGCGACCGUCUCUUGAACUGAUGCACCGCCGGCUGGUUCACGCCCACCCAUCACGUGUUGUGGAGGCUUGCCGCCGUGUUGGCAUUCGGUUCACAACGUCAGAAAUUGACGCUUUCUUCUGUGAGUCUUGCCAUCUCAGCAAAUCCACUGAACGGAUUAGUCGAGACCACCCACUUCCACUUACGAGUAUUGGCGAUGAAAUUCACCUUGAUCUCGUUGGUGUUCUUCCCCUAUCAACAAAAGGGAACCGUCAGGUUCUACACCUCAUGGAUAAGUAUAGUGGUUACCACUGGGUUGUUUUUCUGCCCAACCACAAGUUUGCCACCAUCCUGGCAGCUAUCAAGAAAUGGGAUACUGAAUUCUACAGUCUCACCGGCCUCAAGCCCAAGGUUUGGGUUUCUGACAAUGCUCCCGAGCUAAUCAAGGUUUUCAACGACCCCUACUUCGAGGGUACUCGCCACAACACGACUAUUGCCUACACGCCUUCCAUGAACGGUACUAUUGAGCGUGCUGGUCGUACCAUCGUCGAAGGCGCCCGGACACAGCUGAUUGACAUGUCCCUUCCAGAGGAACUGUGGGAUUACAGCAUCGAUUCGGUGACUCAGAUUCUCAACCUCUUGCCCACACCCUCCAAGGGUAACUUGAGCCCUCCACCGAAUCGAUGCUGUAAUCCCACAGUUCCUCUGGAAGGGACAUGUCAAUCAGCUGUGUCCGGGCGCCUUCGACGAUGGUACGACCAGCACGCUCAAUAG